CGACCACUGCACAGUGCUACAGUCGAUCGUGUCUUGAUCACUUGAUGAAUUCUGAUGGUUGCAAAUACUGCAUAUAUGAAAAAGCAUUGAGAUUUUGAAAGACAUUUGUAGGGCAAAAUCAAUCGUGCCCGGCCUCCAUGAAUUAACAAAGAAGUACCUGAUAAAACAGUGUGAAUGUCAAGAAUAGAAGUUUAUAGCAGUACUGUUAAGUAUGAUUACAUUAACGAGGAAACUGAAGAAAGAAUCAGAUGUUACCCCUGGAGCAACUACAGAAGUACCCAAGAGAGUGUCUGUCAGAGACAAGUUACUGAUUAAGGAGGUUCAGGAAAUGGAGCAAACUUUACCUAUUACUUGUCGAGUGAAAUUUGAAAAUGCAGAUCUUCUACAUGAUUUUCAACUAGUUGUGACACCUGAUGAAGGUUAUUGGUGUGGAGGGCGCUUCAGUUUUCACAUAUUAAUAACUGAAGAUUAUAAUAUGGCUCCUCCAACUGUCAAGUGCCUCACUAAACUAUGGCACCCUAAUAUUAGUGAAGAUGGUGAUAUAUGUCUUAGCCUCCUGAGACAAAAUUCCAUUGAUGGAAUGGGCUGGGCACCUACUAGAAAAUUAAAAGACGUUGUAUGGGGACUUAAUUCAUUAUUCACUGACUUACUGAAUUUCGAUGAUCCUCUAAAUAUUGAGGCUGCUGAGCUUUAUACAAAGGAUAAAGAUGCAUUUCGCUGUAAAGUAAGAGAAUAUGUGACAAAAUAUGCCAAGAGGUGAAAAUGAUUGUGAAGCAACAAAUGACUUUUCAAAUGAAAUGUGUUUGGUUCAUUUGUGAACUGUAUUGAAUGAAUGUUGAACUAUGUUUCCUACUUGAGUGAUAGAUGUGUUAAUAUGUGACCGGAAGAAAAACUAAAGGUUUUGCAUUGUGGACUUCAGAGUUAAUAAAUGAGUUUGAGCUGUUUAUGCAUGCCUGAAAAUUGCAUAAGUGAAACAUUAGAAGAGCUUAAUUAUCUUUCGCCAGAUUGAAUUCUUGUGUAAACCACCUUUCUCCUUCAUUAAUCAUGAUCCAGCUUUCUUCACAGCAAAUUUUAUGUAUUGGAAAUUAAGUAAUAAUGAUAAACAUUUUUCCUAUAUCCACACCCUCUACAAUUAAACCCCAUCUUCCACUAUAAUUAUCAAAAUCUCUUGGAACUGUUAUAAAACAUACGUGUAAUGACAUUAACAUGAAACAUUUAUAGUCCAGAAACUGAUGAGCUCUUAUUCUUUGAAAAGGGUGGAAAUAAAUGCUGCUCUUAAAUAAAAAAUUCUGGUUUCUACUACUGCACGUUACCCUAACAGCACUAUGUUUUCAUAAUAUUCCUAAUAAAAAUUACAAUUUCGAAGAUUUGGAAGCAUAAACGACUGUACCUGAAAGAAGAAAAGCAUGCCAUUCAUUAUUCAUAAAUUAAUUUAUUUAAACUGAAGUUGGUUAUAACUCGGUGGCAGCUAAUUACAUAUAUAAGAUAACAUAGCUAAUAUGCAAAUUAUAUAAUAAUGAUAAUUAUAGUAAUUAAUAAUGCUACAAUAAUAAUCAUAAUAACAAUAGUUACUGCAUCAGGGCAUUUCAGAAUAAUG